GUAACAGCGAAACCAAUUCAGUUCUGUGAGAUCAGCCUGGAGAUGUCCACUCCUACUCCACAAGCUCACAAUCGCAGCAGAAAUUCUGAGGAUGAGGAGGAUCCCCUGGACCAAAUGAUUGGACGCACUGGUUGCGCAGCCGCACACUACGCCGUGCAGGAGUGUAUGGCUGAGCACCAGGACUGGAGGAAGUGUCAGGCGCAUGUGCAGAGCUUUAAGGCUUGCAUGCAGGAGUAUCAGAAACAGCGAGCUGAGGAGCUGAUGAACAUGAGAAGCCAGAAGCAGCUGAAAACCUCCUAGCCAGUGUCUGGGUUUAACCAGUGGUGACCGGAAGCUCAGUGGACAUUUUCUGUAAAGGUCAAACUUUAUUACUUUUGCUCCUAGGACAAUCCUAUGAUGCAGCACAGAGGCUGUCGGACAUUUAUAUUACUGCAGCAAUACAAUUUAAUGUGUUUCCUAUACAGAUUUGUACAUAUGGGAAUGUGACAUCAGUUAUUAAUAUUAAAAACAACAAAAUGUA